GUGAAUCAAAUGCAACGAAUGGUGAACCAAAUCGGCACAUCUCAAGACUCUGAUAAUCUUAGAUCCAAUUUACAUGAGGUCCAGCACUACACCAACCAAUUGGCGAAAGACACGAACAAUAACCUCAAAGAGUUGGCACAACUGCCACAACCAACUAAUGUCUCGGAACAGAAACAGAGACGUAUGCUGAGGGAGAGACUCACGAAUGACUUUUCGGAAGCGCUGAAGAACUUUCAGGUCAUUCAACGGACGGCCGCGUCCAAGGAGAAGGAGAGUGUGAUCAGAGCCCGGGCUAACUCUGGACUCAAUUCUAAUAAUGUUUGGGACGACCACUCAUCCAGAGGACCAUCCAAUCUGAUUGAUUUACAGAGUCCGCAAUCGCAGACACAGAUUCAGAUGGAAGAGGAGUGCGAUUUAGAGCUGUUGCGGGACAGGGAACAGGCGAUCCGCAAGAUUGAGUCCGAUAUCGUGGAAGUGAAUCAGAUAUUCAAAGACUUGGCGACAAUGGUUCACGAACAGGGAGAGGUGAUCGACAGCAUUGAGGCCAACGUGGAGACCGCGUCCAUACAGGUGCACGAGGGGACGGCACAACUGUCCAAAGCACGUGAUUAUCAGAGCCGAGCGCGACGUAAAAAGCUUUGUCUUAUUAUAAUACUUAUCAUUAUUCUUGCAAUAAUUGUGGCCGUCGUGGUGAUUGAAACCAAGUAAAGCGCGCCGAAAGACCUGUUUGUUAAGCAUUAUCUUCUCGUCAGUGGUUCUUCUAAUUCUAAUUAUAUUAUGGUUUUCGCGAUAAUACUAUACAAUUAAAAACCCGACAUUCCUUUGCUUCAAAGAAGUCGACAAUCGGUUUCAACCACCGCUCAGUUAUUACUCGCAUAUUCUUGCUG